AUGGUCGAGAUCCUGCGCCCCGCGGCCUACGGCCUGCUCAACAUCGUCACCGCCUCCGGCAUCGUCUUCGCCAACAAGACCGUCUUCCAGGUCUACGGCUUUCACUUCACCAUCGCCCUCACCUGGAUCCACACGCUCUUCACCAUCGUCGGCAUGCGCAUCUUCCUGCGCGCCGGCAUGUUCGAGCACAGGGACCUGCCCAAGAUGCGCCUCCUGCCCCUGGCCGCCGCCUUCGUGGCCUACAUCGUGCUGUGCAACCUCAACCUCAACAUCAACACUGUAGGCUUCUACCAGAUCUCCAAGAUCGCCGUGGCGCCGGCCGUGCUGGGCCUGGAGGCCGUGCUGUUCGGCAAGCGCGCCAGCCUCCAGGUGGUGCUAUCCGUGGUGGUGGUCUGCGCGGGCAUCGGGCUCGCUACCGUGACAGACAGCCAGGUGGCCACCAACGCCAUGGGGCUCCUGGUGGGCCUGGGCGCCGUGACCUCCACGGCGAUGUAUCAGAUCUUCGCGGGCACCAAGCAGAAGGAGCUGCAGGCCAGCAGCAUGCAGCUGCUGAACGAGUUCGCGCCACAGGCGGCGCUGCUGCUGGGCGUGCUGGUGCCGAUCCUGGAGCCCGUGGGGUGGCGGGAGGCGGGGGAGGGCACGCUCCUGGGCUACAGGUACAGCGCUGGGGCUGUGUGCGCCAUAUUUAUCAGCGCUGCCCUGGGCCUGCUGGUGAGCCUCAGCACCUUCCUUGUGAUCGGCGCCACGAGCAGCCUGACCUACAACGUGGUGGGCCACAUGAAGACCAUAAUCAUCCUCACUGGGGGCGUCUUGUUCUUCGGUGACGAGAUGCCUCCAAAGAAGCUGUUGGGUGUGGGGGUGUCUUUGGUGGGCAUGGUGUGGUACUCGCAACUCAAGCUGAGGGCGGCAAUGCAACAAUCUUCCAAGUGA